CAACUGAAGCGGUUACAAUAACUCCGUGCAUUACACCCUAUUUCACUGAACAACAUGACGUCAAAGCCACUGUGCAUUUUGUUCUUGAGCAUCCUCGCUCUUAAUUUUCUAAUGCCGGAGGACACAUUAGCAACAAAUGCAGAAGAUGAGUGCAGCCAAGAAGAUGCACCAGAGUGUAUACCGGCAGUAUAUGGACAAUAUUGUGAUGAUGCGGAUGGAGCGUUUGCACCUGUUAUUGCGCGCUGUCCACACAUGUGUUUGAGGUGCCCCAAUGACUGCAGACAUCCCGAUGCACCAAAUUGUAUAGCAUAUUACAACUAUUGUGAGGAUACGGAUGGACCGUUUGCAAAUAUUGUUGCACACUGUCCACACAUGUGUGAGAGGUGCCGCCCACCUGGGUAAUCAUGUUUCAUGAAACACAUCACCACUCUUCCGUUCUACAGCAAAUCGUAGACAGGUUAAAAUAUGAUAAAUGAUUUUUUUACCGGCUUCUUAAAGAACAGACAAUAAAACACUUUUAUCCAUAAUCUGUUUGUAUGAGUGCAUGGUAAUGGAUGUCGAAGAGAAGUGAGAGAGAACUCUCUCCGACACACCUCAUACAAAUCCCCACACCCACGUUCUAUCGGUGUGCUAUCCAGUUAAUGGCAUACCAUUAUAAGGAGCAUA